UGCUCAUCAAGCAAUCCCCCGGCCGUCCUCCCAUCUGACCACAUCCACUGUGGGAUUCCGUCAACGGGGAGAGAAGGAUUCUGAUUUCUGAGAGAGAGAGAUUCUGAGAGAAAAGGAUUCUGCAGCACAAAUCCGCCUUCCUUCCUUCCUGCCCUCACCCCAACCCACCACUCCCCCUUACCCUUCUUCAACAAAAACCUCACCCUAUAUCAUGUCUCAAAAACUCUACAUCGGCGGACUCGCAUGGGCCACAGACGAUGAAUCCCUCCGCAGGGCGUUCGAAGAGUUCGGUGAAAUCACCGACUGUGUCGUCAUCAAGGACCGCGAGAGUGGACGAUCCCGUGGUUUCGGCUUCGUCACCUACGCCGAGGGACCUCAAGCCGAUGCUGCCGUAGCAGCCAUGCAUAACCAAGACCUCGACGGACGCAACAUCCGCGUCGACAAGGCAAGCGACCCAGCAGACCGACCUGCCUUUGACCGUGGCGGUGACCGCGGUGGUUUCCGUGGUGGACGCGGAGGCGGUGGUCGUGGUGGCUUCCGUGGAGGUCGUGGCGGAUACGGUAAGUCUUCUCUCUCUCUCUACUUCCUUCAUGUGCGUCGAUUUCUAACACAACGAUACAGGCGGCGACCGAGACGAACGAGACUCACCUUACUCGCGUGGUGGCGGUGACCGUG